AAAUAAAACAGAAAUCAAUCUACUGAUUAUAUAACAGUAUAUAAACUAAUCACAAAAACAUAACCUAACUUAUUGUGGCAGUUAUAAUGGCUGGGAAUUAUAAAAGAAUUUUGCAGGUCUUAGAACGUUGGCCUUUGGAUCAUAAUAAAGCUGGAAGGGAUUUGGGCCAGCAUCUCAGGGAUUCCAUCCAGAAAGCACACCAGGCAGGCAAGCUCAAAGAGAAUCCCCAAUACUGGGACAGACAAUAUUUUUCCCUCCAAAAGAUUGUAAACAACGACCACAAAAAUAAGUAUCCUAGAUUGCUAAAUUCAUCUGCAACAGGUCUAACAGCAGAGCAGUGUAAUUUAGCUUUAUCGAACGAAUUUCUAGAGCUCCUAGAAUUUGAAGAUCAACCUAUCUAUAAGAGGAUUUUCAAUAGGAAAAAAUGAAUUUAGUUAGAGCAUUUUCCACCAAGCCCCACAUACCAGUCAUGUUGGAUGAGGUAUGCCAAUUUUUGAAGCCAAAAGACUCCAAACUUAUCUUGGAUAUGACAUUUGGGGCUGGUGGUCAUAGCAGGCAAUUACUGCAAACAUCAAAUGUUAGAUUAUUAGCUUUAGAUAGGGAUCCAGUUGCUCACAAUUACGCCAAAGAAUUAGCGAGUGAAUUUCCAGAUCGUGUUACUCCGUUAUUGGGAAGAUUUUCAGAAUUGCCAAAAUUAUUGAAGAACGAAGGCAUUGGGCAAAAUUCUCUAGAUGGUAUUCUCUUUGAUUUUGGUUGUUCUUCGAUGCAAUUUGAUGUCGGCGAAAGAGGUUUUGCGAUUUCCAAGAAUGGACCUUUGGAUAUGAGGAUGGAUGGAGACAGAUUUCCAGAUAUGCCAAAAGCUUCGGACGUUUUGGCUACAGCGACUGAGGAAGAUAUAUAUAAGAUUAUUAAAUACUACGGGGAGGAGAAGCAGGCGAGGAAGAUUGCAAGAGCUAUAGUUGAAGCUAGGUAUUUGUUUAAGAAGUUGAAUACCACUGAGGAAUUAGCUGAUCUCGUGGACUCAGUCUAUGGAGAUGACUGCGUGCAAUUGGAUAAACUAAUGAGGCAUUCUCACCACGCAACCAAAACGUUUCAGGCUUUAAGAAUAUUCGUUAAUAACGAAUUGAACGAAAUCAAUUAUGGUAUAAUUUUGGCACAGAAAUAUCUCAAGAUAGGUGGUCGUCUCGUUGCAAUAACUUUUCACUCUCUAGAAGAUACUAUAGUGAAGAGACAUAUGCUUGGUAAUGUUAUUGCAAAUACAGUGAAUCCUCUGCCGUUGAAAUAUAGCAGUUACACAUUGAACAUUGAAAAAACUAUUGUCCAAGAGGCAAUGGAAUCUAAUUGGAAGGCGCUCCACAAACAUGUUUUAGUUCCUAAGUUUGACGAGGUCGAAGAGAAUCCUAGAAGUAGAUCGGCGAAAUUGAGAGCAGCUGUUAGAAUUAAAUAAACAAUACUAGUAAUUA